UUUCCCAGGAACGGAGAGAGAGAGACGAGAGGAUGGGCUACUAGGGUUCCUCCGCCGCCACCCGUCUCCACCCCGUGGGCGAGGAAGGCUCCUCUCCACCACGUCCGCGAAAGAAGUCCACCGCCGCCAUCCUGACCGGACCCUCUCCGCCGCCCCUCUUCUCCAUCCGCGAUCGGCAGAUCGUAGCGGCGCCUCCACGAGCUCGUUCCCUUCCAAGCUCCUCCCCGACCGCCGCCCGUCGUCUCAUCUCAGCUCUUUGCCGACCGCCGGUCACCUCUCUCCCUUCGUUCCCGAUCGGUGCCUCCCCGAACUCCCUCCCGUGAGGACUUAAUGUGUUGCAAUUACUAGGGAAGGUUUCUGCUCAACAGUGGAACGACAGAGUAACCUCAUCAGUAAACCUGAACCAGGGACAUUUAAUGCAUGCUGAGCUUCCUGCUCAUCUUGUGUGCAUCUUAAUUGCCCUUCAUAUCUGAUGAAGUCAGGAGUAGGCAGUGCCCUUGGUGGUUGUGCAUCUACAGUAAAGCAGGCCGACACUGGUUCACAAGGGACCUUCAGUGUGGCUCUAAGGAAGAAAAGAGGAAGAACAGCACCUCCAUCUUCUAGAUGUUUACGUGGUAAAAAGGAUGAUAAGGUCAUGGACAGUGAUGAUGCUAUUAACAAUUUGAACCAUGCUUGUAAUGUGCAAGCAACUGCUGUUAAGAACACUACUGCUGUGGAUAAGACUGCUCAAGCAAUAUUGGAUGAUCAGGUUUAUAAGGCAGAAAUGAAUUCCACGUCCUCAGACAAUGAGAGUGCCGAAGAAGUUGAGGAUGUGAAAGUUUGUGACAUAUGUGGAGAUGUUGGCGAUGAGGAGAAGCUUGCUGUUUGCAAUAGAUGUAAUGAUGGUGCUGAGCAUAUUUACUGUAUGCAGGUGAUGAUGGAAAAGGUUCCAGAGGUUGAGUGGUUUUGCGAAGAGUGCCAAGCUGAAGUAGAUUUUGGAAAAGCUAACUUGCAAAAAUCUCAAGUGAAGGUUGGCAUUUCAAAGCAAGAGUCUAUUGAAGAGAAAAUCAAUAAACCUAUCAAUGCUGCACAGGGCAGAAGUUCUUCUGAGAAUGAAGUGGAUGCUGAAACUGUUGGCAGAAAAGAAUGGAAUGAAGCAAAUCAAGCCAUUGAUACGGUUACUAGGAGGAACGAAGAAGAUGCAAGGAUUAUGACCGUGGCUAAGCAAAACAUUCCUGAACCUGGGGUCUUAUUGAUGGGGUCUGACUCCAGAAAAAGAAUACCUCUGUCACGCGACAGCUCAUUCAGGUUGGUUAUGGAGAAAGGGAAGCAACCCACUCCCCAAGUACCAACCUUAUUGGCGUCUAGUGCUGCCAAGAGUCAGGCACCACCAUUUGCUGGUCAACUCUCCAAGUCCACCUCCUUCAACACCUCUAAGGUCCCCAAGGUGAAGCAACUAGUGAAUGAAGCUCCUCAGAAGACCAAAACUUUGAAGGCUCAGUUGACCUCUAGUAUGAAAAAAGAGGGUCCAAUGUGCCUAUCUGCAAAGCCAUCAUCAUUCAAAAAGCCCAAAACGUGUGAAUCAGCAAUCAAGGCAAAGACUUCCACCAUACCACCUGCCGAGGAGCUAACUGUGAUAAAUUUACCAGUGAGCCGAAAUGCAAGUAAUGAUAGAGGCACUUCUAUCUUAGGAUGUCCAUCCAUUGCUGGAUCAAUUGCUUUUCCAGUUCAGUCAAAAGCAGAAUCUGCAGCCGAGCGUCUCACUACAGGAAAUAACACAGCCACUUUUAGUAAUUUAGGAGUUGCCAAUGAGCAGGGUGCUGGAAACGUUCCUGGAAACAGUGAGCUAAAUAAGCCACUUUUAGCAAAAGCACCAGUGAGUGUAACAUCAACUAGUUCUCCGAGAUCCUUAGGUAUUCUUGGUUCUGGUUCCCAAAGAAAUGUGUUCCAGAAGACCUGUUCACAGCAGUUCACAGCAGUUCACAGCCGUGGGCAGAAGACCUGUUCACAGCAGUUCACAGCCGUAGGCAGAAGACCUGUUCACAGCAGUUCUACUAUGUCAAGUGAUCUGAUGGACAAAUUGAGUCAAGCCUUUUUACCUGGUGAUAAAACAAUAGUUUCAACUGUUCCAGAGUUGGAUUAUAUUUGGCAAGGUGAUUUUGAGCUGUGGAGGACUGGAAGAUCACCUGAGCUAUGUGAUGGUUUUCAAGCUCACUUAUCAUGUACCGCUUCACGAAAAGUGCUGGAAGUAGCAAAGAAAUUCCCUUCAAGAGUCCAGCUUGAAGAACUACCUCGUCAGGACUCAUGGCCCAUGCAGUUUCAGGAAAAUGGACCCACGCAUGAAAAUAUUGGUGUUUUCUUCUUUGCUAGAGAUGCCCAUAGCUAUGAACAUCAUUACAGUAAAUUGGUUCAAAAUAUGCUAAACAACGACUUGGCACUCAGAGGAAAUAUCGAAACAGCUGAAUUGCUUAUAUUCCCUUCCAACAUCCUGUCAAACAACUCCCAGAGAUGGAAUAUGUUUUAUUUUCUGUGGGGUGUGUUUAGAGUAACAAAAAAAGGUCAUGAUGGUGCUGAACCAGAUUGCAAUUCGUUUAGUUCAGCUACUUGUGCAGACCAUCAAUAUAUCCAAGUUUCGGAAGCUAAUAUUCAGGGAUGUUCAAAUGAAGAGAACUCUUCGGGUCAGCCUCUGGGUGGAACAGAUUUGGAAGAUUAUUGUCAUGAUUCAAUUAGAACAUGCUGUUUAACAGAUAGCAGGGGUUCAAUCAAUGAUGUUUCCACUGCUCUGGCAAGAAAACGCAAGAUACAUGCAUAUCCAGACUCUCAAAAGAAAAUGUCGGAUUCUUCCUGCUGUUAUGCUGAUGAGCCAAAUGUUUAUGUAAAUACAAUGCCAGUAACUUGCUCUAUCUCAUCCAUCCACGAACAAGAUAAUCAGAGCAGAGUCAUUAACUUCAACAAUACAGAGAGCCUGAUGGAUAUAUAUCAUUUUAAUAGUGUUGAAUUGAACUCUGGUGCAGUGAAUCCUGUUUCGCAUGCAUCAGGUGGGGCACAAAAACGGAAAGUUGAUAUGCUGAACUGGACUGAUGGAGUCAAUGGAUCACUGGAUAAGAAAAUUAAAUUGGAUAAUGUAUCAUCCACUGUGGAGUCUAGUGUAAGUGAGAAUAUUAGAGAUGGUUACCCUCUAGCAGCUUCAUCUGUGGAUGAUUGCACUGACAAUAAGGCAAUGCCUGGAACCUCGAAGAGUAAUGGAAAGUGCAUAUUUCCGCUAGAUCUAAAUGCGGUGGAUGAUGAUGCAACUACUGGAAAUGUUGUAACUAUUCUGUCUUCUGAUGAUGAAGAUUUACCUGAACAGAACACGCAAGGUCCUAAGCUAGAGCUGGGGGACAACGAAUUUUCUGGAAAAUCCAUCUUUUCGUUCUCUCCCAUGGUUGAAGAAAAGUGGAAUAAGGGAGAGUCGCUGCCUACUGAUACGUCAGGUGUCCUGUCCCUUGCCAUUGCAUUCCCAGCGUCAAAGGAACAAGCUGGUAAAAUGCAAUCGGAGUCAUGCAACGGGCUCUAGGGCUAAAACCAUCUUCGGUUGCCCGCGGUGACAUGGUUCCUUGCUUUGCAUUCCUGAUGUCUUGCGUGAUGGAUCUUGGUAUCAUCGGCCCUACUCCACAAGGAAUCGCGGAAGACACUACAAUCUUCUCAAUGUGCGAACAGAUGGUUCAGACUCUGCAUGUCAAGUCCCAUCCAAUCUCUGCAUUGUAUCCAUGUCAGUUUUUGUCUUUUAGCUGACAACCGUGCCAUAUUUAGAGGCAUAUUGAGGGAGGAAUGGUGUCAGGUCUAGAAUUAGCAUAUAAAUGUAGAAACAGAUUCCUGAACCAAGCAUGAGUUCUUAUUGUGCCA